AUGAAAUUGCAAGGCAUGUUCAAGGAAUGUUAGAUACUCCAAACUGGCAAGGGCAUAGUACAGAAAAAUGAUGGAUGCCAAAGCAGGAAAGGGAAUCUGCCAUUUAACAGAGGAGUGUAUCUACCAUUGCCACACAGCAUAAUUAUAAAAUGGAGUUUAUUGGAGAAACAGGUAUCUUUCCUGUAAAUUAUAUUCACUUGAAAAAGGCAAUUGUCAGUAAUAGGGGGCAGUAUGAAACUGUGGUUCCACUUGAAGAUUCUAUUGUGACUGAGGUUACAGCAACUCUACAAGAAUGGUCCAGUCUGUGGAAACAACUCUAUGUGAAACACAAAGUAGAUCUUUUCUACAAGCUACGCCAUGUGAUGAACGAACUUAUUGACCUUCGAAGGCAGCUACUGUCUGGUCACCUCACUCAGGAUCAGGUGCGGGAGGUUAAGCGGCAUAUCACCGUGCGCCUGGACUGGGGUAAUGAGCAUUUGGGCCUGGACUUGGUGCCUCGAAAGGACUUUGAAGUAGUGGAUUCAGACCAGAUUAGUGUCUCAGAUCUCUAUAAAAUGCACUUAUCUAGCCGGCAGAGUGUACAGCAAAGCACAUCCCAGGUAGAUACGAUGCGCCCACGUCAUGGAGAAACCUGUCGGAUGCCAGUGCCACAUCACUUCUUCCUCAGUCUGAAGAGUUUCACCUACAAUACCAUUGGAGAAGAUACUGAUGUCUUCUUUUCCUUAUAUGAUAUGAGAGAAGGCAAGCAGAUCAGUGAGCGGUUUCUGGUGAGACUGAACAAGAAUGGUGGGCCAAGGAACCCAGAGAAGAUAGAACGAAUGUGUGCCCUUUUUACAGAUCUGAGCAGCAAAGAUAUGAAGAGAGAUUUAUAUAUAGUUGCGCAUGUGAUACGAAUAGGCCGGAUGCUCCUGAAUGACUCAAAGAAAGGCCCUGCUCACCUGCACUACCGGCGACCAUAUGGCUGUGCAGUCCUAAGCAUCCUGGAUGUUCUACAGUCGCUCACAGAAUUAAAGGAAGAAAAGGACUUUGUUCUUAAGGUUUACACGUGCAACAACGAGAGUGAGUGGUCCCAGAUCCACGAGAAUAUCAUCCGCAAGUCCAGCGCCAAGUAUUCUGCUCCCAGCGCCAGCCAUGGUCUUAUCAUCUCUCUGCAGCUUCUCCGUGGAGAUAUGGAACAGAUUAGGAGGGAAAACCCCAUGAUAUUUAAUAGGGGAUUGGCAAUUACAAGAAAAUUGGGAUUUCCUGAUGUCAUCAUGCCAGGUGAUAUCCGCAAUGACCUGUACCUAACCUUGGAGAAGGGGGAUUUUGAGAGAGGGGGAAAGAGUGUACAAAAGAAUAUUGAAGUGACCAUGUAUGUGCUUUACGCAGAUGGAGAAAUACUGAAGGAUUGUAUAAGCUUGGGUUCAGGAGAGCCGAACAGGAGUUCCUACCACUCCUUUGUCCUCUACCACAGUAAUAGUCCUCGCUGGGGAGAAAUUAUCAAAUUGCCCAUCCCCAUUGACCGGUUCCGGGGCUCCCACCUGCGCUUCGAGUUCAGACAUUGUUCCACAAAGGACAAAGGGGAAAAGAAACUCUUUGGCUUUGCAUUCUCACCCCUGAUGCGGGAUGAUGGCACCACUCUCUCAGAUGACAUCCAUGAGCUCUAUGUGUACAAGUGCGAUGAGAAUAGCACGUUUAACAACCAUGCUCUGUACCUGGGCUUGCCCUGCUGCAAAGAGGACUACAAUGGCUGCCCUAACAUCCCCUCCAGCCUCAUCUUCCAGCGCAGCACCAAAGAGUCUUUCUUCAUUUCCACACAGCUCUCCUCCACCAAACUCACCCAGAAUGUGGACCUCCUUGCUCUGCUGAAAUGGAAGGCUUUUCCAGACCGGAUCAUGGACAUACUAGGGCGGCUGCGGCAUGUCAGUGGAGAAGAAAUUGUUAAGUUUCUGCAGGACAUCUUAGAUACACUCUUUGUGAUUUUGGAUGAUAAUACAGAGAAAUAUGGCCUGUUGGUGUUUCAGUCUUUGGUAUUCAUCAUCAACUUGCUCAGAGACAUCAAGUAUUUCCACUUCCGGCCUGUAAUGGACACAUACAUCCAGAAGCACUUUGCUGGAGCCCUGGCGUACAAGGAGCUCAUUCGCUGUUUGAAGUGGUACAUGGACUGCUCAGCAGAACUGAUUCGACAGGACCACAUUCAGGAAGCCAUGAGGGCCUUGGAGUACCUUUUCAAGUUCAUCGUGCAGUCCAGGAUCCUGUACUCCCGAGCCACCUGUGGGAUGGAAGAGGAGCAAUUCCGGUCCAGCAUCCAAGAACUUUUCCAGUCCAUCCGGUUUGUGCUCAGUCUGGACAGCAGAAACUCAGAAACACUCCUUUUCACUCAGGCUGCACUCCUCAAUUCUUUCCCAACCAUCUUUGAUGAGCUGCUGCAAAUGUUCACCGUGCAGGAGGUGGCAGAGUUUGUAAGAGGGACUCUGGGGAGCAUGCCCAGCACUGUGCACAUUGGGCAGUCAAUGGAUGUGGUGAAGCUGCAGUCCAUUGCCAGGACCGUGGAUAGCCGCCUGUUUUCUUUCUCAGAAUCCCGCCGCAUCCUGCUUCCUGUGGUUCUCCAUCACAUUCACCUUCACCUGAGGCAGCAGAAGGAGCUGCUGAUCUGCUCAGGGAUUCUUGGCAGCAUCUUCUCCAUCGUCAAGACCAGCUCUCUGGAGGCAGAUGUCAUGGAGGAGGUAGAAAUGAUGGUGGAGAGCCUCCUGGACGUGCUCUUGCAGACUCUGCUCACCAUCAUGAGCAAAUCGCACGCUCAGGAGGCGGGUGAGUAUGUGUCCUGCCUUCUCUCGCUGCUCCGCCAGAUGUGUGACACCCAUUACCAGCACCUCCUGGACAACUUCCAGAGCAAAGAUGAACUCAAGGAAUUCCUGCUGAAGAUUUUCUGUGUGUUCCGGAACCUGAUGAAGAUGAGUGUCUUCCCUCGGGACUGGAUGGUGAUGAGACUUCUCACAAGCAAUAUUAUAGUCACUACUGUCCAGUACCUGUCUUCUGCACUGCACAAGAAUUUUACAGAGACAGACUUCGACUUUAAGGUGUGGAAUUCUUAUUUUAGCCUGGCAGUUCUGUUCAUAAAUCAGCCAAGCCUUCAGCUAGAAAUCAUCACUUCAGCCAAGAGGAAGAAGAUUAUAGAUAAGUAUGGGGACAUGCGUGUGAUGAUGGCUUAUGAACUGUUCAGCAUGUGGCAGAAUUUGGGUGAACAUAAGAUCCACUUUAUUCCGGGAAUGAUUGGUCCUUUUCUGGGUGUGACACUGGUCCCACAGCCAGAAGUACGGAACAUCAUGAUUCCCAUCUUUCAUGACAUGAUGGACUGGGAGCAGAGGAAAAAUGGCAACUUUAAACAGGUGGAGGCUGAGCUGAUUGACAAGCUGGACAGCAUGGUGUCAGAAGGGAAAGGCGACGAGAGUUACAGAGAGCUCUUCGGCCUGCUCCUACUGGAGAAGGUUGAACAGGAAACAUGGCGUGAAACUGGCAUUUCCUUUGUGACCUCAGUCACCCGGCUCAUGGAACGCCUUCUUGACUACAGGGACUGCAUGAAAGGAGAGGAAACAGAGAAUAAGAAGAUUGGCUGCACUGUUAACCUGAUGAACUUUUACAAAUCUGAGAUUAACAAAGAAGAGAUGUAUAUCCGCUAUAUCCAUAAGCUUUGUGACAUGCAUUUGCAGGCUGAAAACUACACAGAGGCCGCAUUCACUCUGCUCCUCUACUGUGAGCUGCUGCAGUGGGAAGAACGGCCACUUCGGGAAUUCCUCCACUACCCAUCCCAGACAGAGUGGCAGCGGAAAGAGGGACUGUGCCGCAAGAUCAUCCACUACUUCAACAAAGGCAAGAGCUGGGAGUUUGGAAUCCCACUGUGCAGGGAGCUGGCAUGUCAAUACGAGAGCCUCUACGAUUAUCAGAGCCUCAGCUGGAUUCGGAAAAUGGAGGCCAGCUACUAUGACAACAUCAUGGAGCAGCAACGCCUGGAGCCUGAGUUCUUUCGAGUCGGCUUCUAUGGCAGGAAGUUUCCUUUCUUCCUUCGGAACAAAGAAUACGUGUGCCGGGGCCAUGACUACGAGAGGCUGGAGGCCUUCCAGCAGAGGAUGCUCAGCGAGUUCCCACAGGCGGUCGCCAUGCAGCACCCCAACCACCCUGACGAUGCCAUCCUGCAGUGUGAUGCCCAGUACUUGCAGAUCUAUGCGGUGACGCCCAUUCCAGAUUAUGUGGAUGUCCUGCAAAUGGAUAGGGUCCCAGAUCGCGUCAAGAGCUUCUACCGUGUCAACAAUGUGAGGAAGUUCCGGUACGACAGGCCUUUUCACAAAGGCCCCAAGGACAAGGAGAAUGAAUUCAAGAGCCUGUGGAUCGAGCGUACCACACUGACCCUCACCCACAGCUUGCCUGGCAUCUCUCGGUGGUUCGAAGUGGAGAGGAGGGAACUGGUGGAGGUGAGCCCUCUGGAGAAUGCCAUCCAAGUGGUUGAGAACAAGAACCAGGAACUACGGGCCCUGAUUAGCCAGUAUCAACACAGACAGGCACAUGGCAACAUCAAUCUGCUCAGCAUGUGCCUGAAUGGCGUCAUCGAUGCCGCUGUCAAUGGAGGUGUCGCAAGAUACCAAGAGGAGGUCCAAGCAGGCCAGGCUGGAGAUGGUGUGUAUACCUGUGAGGAGUCAGGACCUUCCUUUCAAAUGGCCUUCUUUGACAAAGAUUAUAUUGCCAAGCACCCAGGAGAUACAGAGAAGAUCACCCAGCUCAAGGAGCUCAUGCAGGAGCAGGUCCAUGUCCUUGGAGUUGGGCUCGCAGUUCAUGAGAAGUUUGUGCACCCAGAGAUGCGCCCUCUGCAUAAGAAGCUAAUUGAUCAGUUCCAGAUGAUGCGGGCCAGCCUCUACCAUGAGUUUCCGGGUUUGGACAAGCUAAGUCCUGCAUGUUCAGGCACCAGCACCCCACGGGGAAAUGUCCUAGCAUCCCAUAGUCCCAUGAGCCCUGAGAGCAUCAAGAUGACCCACCGGCACAGCCCCAUGAACUUGAUGGGCACAGGUCGCCAUUCGUCAUCCUCUCUCUCCUCACAUGCAUCUAGCGAAGCAGGAAACGUGGUGGUUCUGGGUGACAGCUCCAUGGGCGAGGCUCCCGAGGAUCUAUACCAUCAUAUGCAGCUCGCGUAUCCCAACCCCAGGUACCAGGGCUCAAUCACCAACGUCUCUGUUCUGUCCUCGUCCCAGGCAAGCCCUUCUUCCUCCAGCCUGAGUUCCACUCACUCAGCACCAUCCCAGAUGAUUACCUCUGCCCCUUCCAGUGCCCGAGGCUCUCCCUCUCUGCCAGAUAAGUACCGCCACGCCCGGGAAAUGAUGUUGCUGCUGCCCACACACCGGGACCGCCCAAGCAGUGCCAUGUAUCCAGCAGCCAUCCUGGAGAACGGACAGCUGCCAAAUUUCCAGCGGGCCCUGUUCCAGCAAGUGGUCGGAUCCUGCAAACCCUGCAGUGAUCCCAAUCUGUCUGUGGCUGAAAAAGCAGUGCCAGCAGCCCCCAGCAGCUGGAGCCUGGAUAGCGGAGCCCGAGAGGCCCAGCCCUUCCUGUCUGCCCACAUGGGGCGCAUCCUGGCCCCCCCAGUGCCUCCCCGAAGCCUGCUGCAUGGUCAUUACUCCCUACACUUUGACGCCUUCCACCACCCCCUGGGUGACACCCCCCCGGCCCUGCCUGCCCGGACUCUGCGCAAGUCUCCUCUCCACCCUAUCCCAGCCUCCCCCACAAGCCCCCAGUCAGGUCUGGACGGCAGCAACUCUACACUGUCUGGCAGUGCCAGCAGCGGCGUGUCCUCCCUGAGCGAGAGUAACUUUGGGCACUCCUCAGAGGUCCCACCUCGAACUGACACCAUGGACUCCAUGCCGAGCCAGGCCUGGAAUGCAGAUGAAGAUCUUGAGCCACCCUACCUCCCUGUCCACUACAGCCUCUCUGAGUCCGCCGUUCUGGACUCCAUCAAGGCCCAGCCAUGCCGAAGCCACUCAGCACCGGGGUGUGUCAUCCCUCAGGACCCCAUGGACCCACCUGCGCUGCCACCCAAGCCCUACCACACCCGCCUGCCAGCCCUGGAGCACGAUGAAGGCGUGCUGCUACGUGAAGAUGCUGACAGGCCUCGGGGCCUGCACCGCAAGGCCUCGCUGCCCCCAGGGAGCGCCAAGGAAGAGCAGGCCCGCAUGGCCUGGGAACACGGCCGAGGGGAACAGUGAGGGGCAAGGAGGCGGCUGGGACGCCGCCCUCUGUGAGCAGCUUGCCCAUCCACUCCAGGUCUGAAAAGCAAGUCCCCUCGCCAGGGAGCCAGAGAGGCCUGGCACUCAGGAGAGAACCACCCCGAGUCUACGUUCUACUGCCGUGAACUUGUGUGUUGCCAUGUACAGAGGCCGCAGCAGCAUGAAGGGUUGUGGCUUCUCUUUUUAUUUCAUUUUCUACGUUUCCAUUCUAUGGGUUUUCCUUUCUUUCCUUUGUGCAGUAGAUGCUUUCUUCCUCCUGCAGUUCCAGACCACGUGGAGCUAUAUGGAGAUAUUGCACAGAGAGAAUUGCUUUGCAGCUUUGCAGGGCCCAGGGGUAGGAGCUCCAGGCCCUCCCUCCAGGGCAGAGAUGCACAGAAGAAUGGAAAUUGCACUAGGGACUUCUUCUGUUGCUGUGUGGACAGAAGAACUCAUGGUUGUAUUCAGGGAUCGCAAGGACCACGUGGACUACAUGUCACAGGUGGACAAGGGAGCUACAAGCCGUUUUGCACAAAUGCCUACCCACCUGCCCACUCUUCCAUCCAGGAGUGCGAGACUGAGGGGCUGCUUGAGCCAACCUGCCAGCUCAGGCAUGUGACCUGGCCUAACUGCAUGCCCAGGGCACACUGCCAAGCUUCCAUGGGCCAGCCCUGUCUCUCACUCUACCUUGGAUUUUUCCAUCGCUUUUAUUUGACCAUUUGCUCCCUUACAUUCUCCAUACACCUCAUGCCCUGCAGGAGCCCCCUUGAUGAAUGGAUCUGCAAAGGUUAUCUCCCACCCUCUGCCCCCUGGCGCUUGUGUGGGGGUGUGGAGCCAGAGGCCCUAGCAACCUUCUUCCCCAUGGCCCAGGAGGCCAAGUGUUGAGAGACAAGCUGGUAUAGAGCGAGGCUGGGGUGUGGCAGGGGCCAGAAAUCCUCUUUCAGAAGUGGCCAGAAUGCCUGUCAUCCAGUUCCUGAAUCAGGGAUUUUCAGCACUACCUCUGAGCAGUGGGGCUGGCUGCCCAGCCAGGCUUCCAGCCCUGAGGACUCGUGGUAAGGUUCAGCAAGCUUCUAGGUAAAGAGGGUGGGAGGAAGCCCCUCCUUUGGAAGCAGAGAGCCACACAGGUUGAAUUAUCCUCUCUCAAGUGGCCAACUGUAGCUCACCGCCCCCCCCCCUCCCUCCAAGCCCACGGGGACCACCACUCAGGGUUCAGGGUGGGCAGGAGGGCAGUUUCUCCAGCCUUCCCAGUCUUUUGGGCAGAGCGCAACGGUAUCUUUAUAGGAAACUUUUUCAGGUCAGGGCACGGAUUUUUCUCUUGGUUUAUUAUUUGGGGGGGGGGGGGAUAAGGUGGGGUGGUAAUAGUAUUUUACCAGGGUGCUUCUAAGUUACUUAAAAAAAAAAGUCUACAAAAAUUUUUUUUUCAUUUGCAUAAGUUCACAACUUUGAUGGUCACAAGGCUGCCUUCUCCUUAUUGAGCAGAUGUGUUCUCCCCUAGUUCCUCUUCUGGCCAGGCCCUGGGCCCUAGACGUCCAUCCUUUCCCCCACAGCCCACCUUUCCAAACAGACAAGGCCAGCCAAGG